GUACGGUGCAUUCAUUCAGUUAAUACUAGAAGGUAGUUCAAACCAAUAGCGUUAAAUUAUUUUGUUAGAAAUAAUAUUUAUUAUUUUUUUCAUUCAAUAAUGGUUUCUUCAAUAAAUCAAAUAGCAGUUUUGCUAUCGGUUAUCUUAGUAACUACUUCAGCUUUACAAAAACUUACCGAGUUGUACAGUUGGUCCUCUUUAGAUUAUACUUUUGCUAAUGAUGAACAUAAAAGUUACGCGCUCGAAAGAGGUGAAUUCAUACCAGAGAAUAACUUACCUGUUGGAAUCGAAGUUUGGAAAAACAAACUGUUUGUCACUGUUCCGCGAUGGGCUGAUGGUGUCCCUUCAACGUUGAACUACAUAUCACUCGAUGUUAGUACUUCGCCAUCGCCAAAACUUACUCCAUAUCCAAACUGGGCGUACAACAGACAAGGAAAUUGUGAUGGAUUAACAACAACUUACAGAGUAAAGGCUGAUUCAUGCAACAGACUUUGGGUUCUUGAUUCUGGUACCGUUGGAAUUGGUAACACUACAAAACAAGUAUGUCCUUAUGCUAUUCACGUGUUUGACUUAACAACAGAUAAAGUUUUGAGAAAAUAUACUUUACGACCUGAUGACACUAACGCCAAUACAUUCAUUGCCAACAUCGCAAUUGAUAUAGGAGCUAAAGGUUGUGAAGACACCUUUUUAUAUGCAUCUGAUGAGCUCGGCUAUGGAUUAAUUUCUUACAGUUGGGAAUUAAAUACAUCUUGGAGACACACACAUAGUUAUUUCAUGCCUGAUCCUUUAGCUGGAGAUUUCAACAUUGGAGGUUUGAACUUUCAAUGGGGAGAAGAAGGUAUAUUUGGUAUUACUGUAUCACCUUUCCUCGAAGAUGGUUUCCGUUUAUUAUUUUUCCAUCCUCUAGCCAGUAACCGAGAAUUCGCCGUUUCAACAAAAAUUUUAAGAAACCCAAAACUUACUUCUGAAGAAAUCUACCAUGAUUUCGUAGUUCUUGAUUCUCGAGGUCCAGGAGGUCAUAUUACAUCACAUUAUAUGAAUGACGAAGGAAUCUUGUUUUUCAAUCUUAUUGAUAGAAAUGCCGUAGGCUGCUGGAACUCCAAAAUACCAUAUAGUCCUAGUUCCUUGGAUGUCAUUGAUUUGGAUAAUGAAGCAUUAAUCUUUCCCAGCGACGUCAAAGUUGAUGCCUUAAGAAAUCUAUGGGUUAUUUCUGACAGAAUGCCCAAUCACUUAAUUGAUAAAUUGAAUUUCAACGACAUUAAUUUCAGAAUUUUCUACGCUCCUUUAGAGAAGGCAUUAUCUGGUACUGUCUGUUCUGAUAAUAUUCCAUACGCCCCCUUAGCACUUCCAAAUCAAGUUAUUCAAAAAGGUUACUAGUUAUAUGAUAAUAUUGUCAAUAAUUUUUAGUUUUAUAAUUCAUCAUGAUACCUGAAUUCAUUUGUACCAUACUUUAUUUAUAUUGAUAAUAAAACUAUUGAAUCAAUGGUUUUAAUGUUUCAUUACAUUGUACCUACACAAAAGUAGUCAUUA